AUGACAAACAGCGCUCUCCAUCUACUGGGAGGACCUAACUCGCAGCCUUACGGUCCAGUACCCGUGACGGAGGAUCUCUCAACCCCCGAAACAGAGAAAGCUCCUGCCUAUACAACCACAACACCUAUUGUUCUUGGCCUGAAAAAGAGUUCCUCGCAAUCAUGGUCGGCUGCGCAGAUUGCCCUGACGCUGGCGAUUCCACUUGUCGCACUCAUCACAUGGCUGGCAUGCGUCCGAGCCAAUCCGCGUAUCUUCGACACGUUCGCGGGUGAGGAGAUUGGAGGCCGACUCAGCCAAGCACAGGCAAAAGCGAUUGAUGUAAUCACAGGUGCGAUACUAGCGCCCAUGUUCAUGGCAGCUGUAAACUAUGUGUGGUUUGCAAGCGCUCGCGUUUCCGUUGUGAACGAACAACAAUCGAAACCAGUUCCACUUCGCACGCUGGUAGCUGCCAGCGGUACGUCGGGCGGGAAUUACGACCUUUUCCAUCUUCGCAACCUGCUUCUCGGCAAGACCUGGUCACUCGUAACCUUUGCUCUCCUGACCAUUCUGUCCGCCGUGUCCAGAACAGCGUUGAGUAAUGUUAUUGCGUACGAGGCAUUUUCUGAACUCAGUUCUUCAAAGACUUUGGCUGCUUUACGACUGCAGACCGACGCUGUCGUCAACGCCGACCUCGGAAUGGACAAUAAUCUCAAAUUGCGUUUGUACGACUUCAACAUGUCUCAGAACGCCCAAGUUGCAAAGGACAUGAUGAGCCUUCUGACCGACCUAUCCUACCAAGAUGCCGGCUCGAAGCUAACCAAUGGUACCUACGUGGGCGUCAACGCAACAACUCAAUCGCUAAGAUCUCUGCCGCCGUCCAUUUCCAAGCUAGAGAACAUACCAGCCUACCGAAUCUCGGUUGACUGCACCCCCGACUUGCCAUUGUCAGUAUCCGUCAUGCAGCCCCUAGGCCCGCUCAACACACAGAUCGGGCUCAUGCUCAAUACGACCACCAAGUCAAACAACACUAUAUUCCAAGCCAACUACCCAGGCGUACCAGACAACAUCCGGACCGGCGACGGCGACAGCUACACAUACGCUGCAUUUUCUCUGGGCUACCGUGAGGCGUACCUUGGUCACUUGGAACGGUUCGACUUGUCCAACAGUACGACUCAGUCUCAAUACGGCGACUUGGGCUACCGCGCCUUCAACAUGAGCCAAUGGGGAUUCAACGGAACGCAAGAUAUCAUGUCCAUCAGCGGGUUGCGAUGCGUCCUGUACCGCGAACAAGGACUCGCCAACUCGACUCGGGUCCCAAGCAACGAUUCAAGCAUCAGCGGCUGGACAAUUGACACCACCUCCUUUCCCGCCUCACAGGAAAAGGCCAUCGUUCCUUCUCUCCUCGCCAAGUUCCAAUGGAGCAACUUCAACUUUCAUGCCCCCGGAUCCGUGAUUCCUGGUCUUGGGCCGGCGCUCAACAAAAUGUAUGCUGAAGAAGUGGACGAGUGGGGGACCAAAGCCAACGACACUUUUACCAACUUUGCCCUUAACUUUCUCUACGCUUCGGGCGAAACGCAGCGUAUUAUAUACGAGGUAGCAGCGUCCAGUAACAAUGCUUCACGCAAUCGUCCCGAAUACACAAUCAAUGUCCCCGCAUUAGAAAUGCAGCAACAGUACCGUAUCACUGUGUUUGGUCGGAGCGGCUGCUAUUACGGGGAUUAUGGCACUUUAUACGCGGAAGACUCUCUCGGCAAGAGCUCAUCGCCAGGUCGACGUUACCAGGCUUCUGCUGGAUAG